CUUCUCCCUUCGCUGCUUGGCCGCGGCGCGGAGAUCAACACCAGCUAUGGCGGCGGAAGGAGGAGCAGCCGCCGCAGGAGCCUUGGUGGAAGCGGCGUCCGCGGGCCAGUUCCAGGAUCUGCUGCGGCAGCCGGGCAGGUCUUUAGUGGUGGUUCAUUUUUGGGCCCCAUGGGCUCCUCAGUGUGUCCAAAUGAAUAGUGUCAUGGCUGAACUAGCAAAGGAGCAUCCACAGGUUACAUUUGUGAAACUGGAAGCUGAAGCAGUUCCGGAAGUGUCUGAAAAAUAUGAAAUUACUUCUGUUCCAACAUUCUUGUUUUUUAAGAAUUCUCAAAAAAUUGACCAACUAGAUGGCGCUCAUGCCCCAGAAUUGACCAAAAAAGUUCAGCGCCAUGCAUCUAGCGUGACUGUUCCGGCUGGUUCUAAUGACAGUGUUAAAGAGGACCUCAACGUGCGACUCAAGAAACUGAUAAAUGCUGCACCUUGCAUGUUGUUUAUGAAGGGAACACCUCAGGAGCCUCGUUGUGGCUUCAGCAGACAAAUAGUGGAAAUCCUUAACAAACAUAAUGCUGUGUUUAGCAGCUUCGAUAUAUUUUCUGAUGAAGAAGUACGCCAAGGACUGAAAACUUACUCCAGUUGGCCUACUUAUCCACAGUUAUAUGUAGCUGGAGAACUUAUAGGUGGACUGGAUAUUGUCAAGGAGCUUGAGGCUUCUGGAGAACUGGAUACAAUCUGCCCCAAGGCACACAAAUUAGAGGACAGACUCAAAGACCUGAUAAACAAAGCUUCUGUGAUACUAUUUAUGAAAGGAAAUAAACAGGCGGCGAAGUGUGGAUUCAGCAAGCAAAUUCUAGAAAUUCUAAACAAUACUGGUGUUGAUUACGAGACUUUUGAUAUAUUGGAGGAUGAAGAGGUGCGGCAAGGAUUAAAAAAGUAUUCUAACUGGCCAACCUACCCACAGUUGUAUGUGAAAGGUGAACUUGUUGGAGGCCUGGAUAUUGUUAAGGAACUAAAAGAAAAUGGUGAAUUGUCAUCUAUUCUGAAAGGAGAAAAUUAAUGCUAAUGAACACAUUAAUGAAGACAACUGAAAUCCAAAAAGAAAAAAAAAGAUUGCUAAUUGCACUGGAACUAUUCCUGACUUGCCCUUGACAGAAGUAAUAGAAUGCAGGUCUCUGACUUACCCUUCAUACUUCACAAGGCCAUGCUAGAAGUGUAUGUAAAUGUAGGUUUUCACCCCAAAUGUAAGGUUGUAAGCAUCUUCAAAAUGAAUUAAAGUUGGAGUUUUAAAAUGUG